GUUUUAGCAGCUCCUCUCAACUCACCUUGUCUUUUGCCUAAUCUUUUUACCAAAUGGAUCUCCAAGAAUUUAUUGUUGUGCUUCUGGUAAUUUUUUUGGAAGGAGAAAGACAGAAGAUAAGGUUGAUGAAUGAAUCACUGAUGGCUGAUCGAGUUGCACUUCAGGAGAAGGAGAGGGAGCGUUCCAUGCUUAUGAGAAACAAUCAGGAUAUGCUCGCAAAAGAAGCGGCAAAGGAAAAAUUGGUUGAUGAUUUCAUGGCUUUCAUUGGAGCGAAUAAGAACAACGAGAAUGCCCACAAUUUUGAUGAAAAAGCAAUGAUGAAAGCUAUUGAAACUAUGAUGAACAGUGACGGCGACGACAAUGGAGGAUUUGCCAAUGGUUACGGAAAGAGGCUGAAGAUAAGGCUGAUGAAAGAAUCACUGAGGGCUGAUGAAGUUGCACUUCAGGAGAAGGAGAGGAGCGUUCCAUGCUUAUGA